AUGAAUAAAAAUUUUAUUCUUUCGGAAAGGGCAUUCUCAACGGGUCAUACAAAAUUACGGGUUCCAAGAGAGAGUGUGUACAAUACAGAACUCAUAAGGCUCUUAACAAAUUGGCUUGGUAAGCAAGAACAAUACACAAUAUCUGGACAAUACCGUCUUAUUGAUCCAACAAAGACAGGAAAUGAGAAGCACAAGUACUGUGAUGUAGUUAUCAAAAAGAAGGAUGAACCAACAAUUCUUCUGGAACUUCUGGCUGGAAAUGAAGACACUAUUCAAGCCCAUAUUGACAAAACACCCAGGUAUAAGUCACUGGCAUCUGCUGAUGAGGCAUGGAUUGUUCACUACACAUGUGAGGAUGGAUAUCUGGAUGGGGUGAAACCAUAUUGGGAUGAAAAGGCAAUAAUGCAAGGCAUUAACAUGGUACAUUUCUGGCAUGACUUGGAGUUUACAACUGCACGGAUGUGUGCUUGCUGGAAGGAUGAAAAUGGCAAUUUGCAAAAGACCAUUCAGCAAUGGACCAUCUAA